CUGCAGAUCAUCAAUAACUUUGAAACAGUUCCAGCUCGAACAGUCCGAGACGAAGUUCCAGCUCAAACAGUAGAAGACAGAGAAUGGGAAGGAAGAAAGAAUUUGUCUCUAACGCUUCUUUCAUCCUCAACUUCGAAUCAUGAGUGUUCCUCACCACUGCUGCAAUAUGGUCAAACAUCAGAAGGCAAAGGCCUUGAACAAACCCAUAAACAGAUUAUUCUUGAAAUACAUCAGAAACUUCUGGAGAUCAUCAAAAAUAUGCAAACAGGAAGAAACGGCGGAGGUUCUGAAACUGAGCAAAAAGAAGAUUCCGUUCAAACAGUACCAGACGACAUAUCUAAACAAAGGGAAGCAGGUCUUGCUGAAGAAAUCUUGGACCAAGUUCGGGAGAGCUACCCUUGCAUCGAAACUCGAGGAAGCGUACAAGGCGCCCAAACAGUACAAAACGAUGUUCCUGAAGGAAUGGAAGAAGUCAGAGCUCAAAGAAUCGAAGACAAAAUUCUGGAUUACUACAAAAACAAGACAUCUCUGCGAAUCGUAGAAAAAGAAAAGUUGGAUGUGUCAAGGGUUGCGAGAAUGGAAAUUACAGGAGUGGACAAGGAUUUGAUGGAAGUGCUAGAAGCAUGUGAUUCCACAUACCUGAGGACUAACAUCACUGCAUUGAUUAACCGUGUCAAUAAGAUGCCUUAUGACGGUAAUACUAAAACGUUCAUAACUCAUAGUGAUUGGAGAGGUCAAUUAGAGAUGAAAUUCGUCUGUAUUGUCAUACAUAAGUAUAUGAUAGGCAGUUUAGAAGCAAGUGAUUAUAUAAUUUGUACGUAUCAUUAUAUACGAAUAGUCCCUGCUGUCCCUGAUAGUCUUGUUUUCUUGUCCGGUUUGUACCCUCGCUUAAGAGAGAUGGCGUUACCUGAUACUACAAUUUCAUCUGAACAGAAAAAGUUGAUUAAAAGACAUUUCCUCAACAAGCUCGUGAAAAGUGGCUAUCUGAAAAUUGAAAACAAACGCUUAUAUAUAAAGUAA